AGCUGCCACAAGACGUAAAUUCUCGAGGAGUGUUUGCUUGCAAUGAACUGGAUCUGAAGGAAGUUCAAGUGUACGGCUUCGAUUAUGAUUACACUCUCGCUUGUUAUAAGCCAGCCUUGGAUUACUUACUUUACAACUUAGGACGAGAUAUGCUUAUAAAAAAAUAUAAGUAUCCAGCUGGAAUACAGAAGUUGGAGUACAGAGAAGGCUUUGCUGUGAGAGGCCUUCAUUACGAUAUUGAAAAAGGGCUUCUAUUAAAACUCGAUAGCUUCUUGCAAAUUCAGUUUGGUACAGUUUAUCGCGGUUUACAUCCGGUUCCAGAUGAUGAAGUCCUCCGGCUUUACAAAAACAGAAUCAUACCGAUUGCUUAUGUUGAAGCCCCUCAAAGACAUACGCAUAAGGAUGGAAUGCAUCGAACGAAAAUGGUUCAGUUAGCAGAUCUCUUCUCUGUACCGGAAAUGGUACUUCUCUGCAAUGUCACAGAAUAUUUUUUGAGAAAUCACAUCGAUUAUCAUCCAGAAAUAUUAUUCAGAGAUGUAAAGAAUUCAGUUCAAAGUUGCCAUCCUAUCAUGCAUACAACAGUUGAAAAUGACGUUUCACAGUAUUUAGAGCCAAAUAAAGAUCUGAAUAAAUUCUUCGACCGACUGAAAGCUGCGGAGAAGAAAAUGUUCCUCGUUACUAAUAGCCCAUUUCACUUUGUUGACAAGGGUAUGAGAUUCCUGGUGGGCGAUAAAUGGCAAGACUACUUUGAUCUAGUUAUUGUUCAAGCGCGUAAACCAAGAUUUUUCACAGAAGAAUCGCGUCCUCUUAGAAUGUACGAUGAAGAAAAUCAAACGCAACUAUGGGAUCGAGUCACGAAAAUAGAAAAAGGAGUGAUAUACCUUGAAGGAACCGUAAAGCAACUUCAAGAUAUGACCGGAUGGCGAGGUCACCAAGUGCUCUACUUUGGAGAUCAUCCCUAUAGUGAUCUAGCUGAUGUCACGCUACAACACGGAUGGAGAACUGGAGCAAUUAUUAAAGAAUUAACACACGAAAUAGAGACCCUCAACGAUCGAAAAUUCAAAGAAAAUGCAAACUGGCUGCAAAUGCUCACGGGUCUAAUUGAAGAUCAUCAAGACACUGCAGAUCCAGAAGCAGCAGCUGAACUAGAAUUAUGGAUGAGGCAAAGAGAUGAAUUGCGUAAUGAAAUCAAACGAGUAUUUAAUGAACAAUUCGGAUCCGUUUUUCGAACUUACCACAAUCCGACCUAUUUUUCGAGGCGACUUUUCAGAUUUGCGGAUAUUUAUAUGAGUUCCAUUACCAAUUUACUCUAUUAUUCUACAAAUCAUACUUUUUAUCCAAGGCGAGGGGUAAUGCCUCACGAAUAUUCUAGUUAUUUCAUGUAAAAAAAUUCUGAUUUAUUGCAAAUCCAAGAUUAGCGCAAUUCAAAGUUUAUAAUAGAUAGAAAAAAAAUUUGCAAAAUUAGACCGAAUUAUUUCGGAAUGCAGAAUAAGUACUUCUGUAAAUUAACUUUUUUUUAACUUGAUCGUAUUGAUCAGUUAAUUUUAAAUCAGCUGAAAAUGCCGGUACGGGAACCUCGGAGGAUCCUGGACAUGUUUCUGGAAUGAAGAUGCAGAAAUUUUGAUUAGAUUGAAAUCAACUUUAAAAUCCUAGUUAGCGUCCAAUAAUCAAGGUAAUGUAUAGAAUUCCUGAAAAUAAAACCAAAAAUCCAAGGUACAAAUUUGGACAACCACCAUCAAAUUCUCCUGUUGUAAUUAAAAAAAGAUCCUCCUUUAAAAAGAAUCGCUUGACACGAAACUGCACAGGUACCUGUACAUGAUAUCGCAAAGAAACCUGUAUUUAAGCUAACCUUUGAAUCAUUAUAUACAGGUUUCUUCACCGAGUUAUUUGAGACACGUGUUCAUGUACAGAAACUUGUUAAGGAACCUAUACAUGAACCUGCAUAGAAACUAAUCUGCGAUGUUUCGCUAGUGGCUUGGCUCUCUCAAUAGUAAGCUCGAUCUUCAAGGGAAGAAAAUAAAAGCAACUUCAUAACUUUGAGUGACAUGAGUUUUCGCGAAGACUUCCUGAAAAGGAAACCUAUACCUGUUUCUGUACAGGACCCCGCGCCUUAAAUUACUUGGAAAAAGAACCUAUACUCGAUCACUGAGGAUUCCUUUAGCGGUGUAGAUUCUAUUAAAGGACCAUAUACAGGUUCCUUUUUCAAAUUCCUGCACCGGGACUAUCAAGAUUACCUUUACAUGUUUCGUGUGCAGAAACGUGUCCAAAAUCGACCGACGUUGCUGUGCACGAAUUUUUAGCUGGAAACCCACGCCUCAAUUUAUGUCGCAAAUGAAUCUGUACAGAAACCUAUACUCGACCAUUGAGAAUCCCUUUGCCCGUUCAGGUUUUACUGCAGGAUCUUGUGUAGUUUGUUUCGCCAAAUUUCUGCACAGGAAUCUGUACAUUGUACACGAAAAUCUGUACCUAGACACGAAACCUGUACAUUUUUCGUGUGAAGAAUCGUUUCCAGGAUCCUCUGAAGUAUCUGUAUAGGAAUUUGUAGCUGGGAACCAACGCCUCAAUUUACUUCUCAAAGAAACCUGUACAGAAACCUAUAGUCAGCGAUUGAGGAUUCCUUUGCCCUACAGUUUCUAUUACAGCAUCUUGUGCAGUUUUUUUCGCCAAAUUCCUGCACGGUAAUCUCUACACUGUACAUAAGAAUCUGUAACUGCAUACGAAACCUGUACUGGUUUCAUUUUGAGGAUCGUGUCCAGGAACAUAUUUAGUAUCCUCCAAAGUUCCUCUACUGGAAUUUGAAGCAGGGAACGAACGCCCUAAUUUAAUUUGCAAAGGAACCUCUGCAGAAACCUAUACACUAUUAUUGAGGAUUCCUUUGUCGAUGCAUGUUCGAUCCUAUGAUCAUGUGCAGUUUCCUUUGACAAAUUCUUACCCAGGAACCUUCCAAAUUACCUAAACAGGUGUCGUGUGCAGGAUCGUGUCUAGAAACGUGUCCAGAAUUUGUCGAGAUUCCUGUGGACGAAAUUUGAUCUGGGAACCCACGCUUCCAUUUACUUCGUAAAGGAACCUGUACAGGAAUCUAUACUCGACCAUUGAGGAUUCCUUUGCCUGUUCCGGUUCGAUUUCAGGAGCAUGUGCCAUUUCUUUCGCCAAAUUCCUGCGCAGGAACCGACCAUACUACCUGAACAGGUUUCGUGUGCAGGAUCGUGUCUAGAAACGUAUCCGAGAUCCUCCAGGGUUCCUUUCGCCAAAUUCCUACGCAGGAGCCAACCAGAGUACCUGAACAGGUUUCGUGUGCAGGAUAGUGUCUAGAAACGUAUCCGAGGUCCUCCAGGGUUCCUUUUGCCAAAUUCCUACGCAGGAACCGACCAUAUUACCUGAACAGGUUUCGUGUGCAGGAUCGUGUCUAGAAACGUAUCCGAGAUCCUCCAGGAUUCCUUUCGCCAAAUUCCUACGCAGUAACCGACCAGAUUACCUGAACAGGUUUCGUGUGCAGGAUCGUAUCUAGAAACGUUUCCGAGAUCCUCCAGGGUUCCUUUAGCUAAAUUCCUACGCAGGAACCGACCAGAUUACCCGAACAGGUUUCGUAUGCAGGAUCGUGUAUAGAAACGUAUCCGAGAUCCUCCAGGAUUCCUUUCCCCAAAUUCCUACGCAGUAACCGACCAGAUUACCUGAUCAGGUUUCGUAUGCAGGAUCGUGUGUAGGAACGUAUCCGAGAUCCUCCAGGGUUCCUUUCGCCAAAUUCCUACGCAGGAACUGACAAGAUUACCUGAAUAGGUUUCGUGUGCAGCAUCGUGUCUAGAAACGUUUCCGAGAUCCUCCAGGGUUCCUUUAGCCAAAUUCCUACGCAGGAACCGACCAGAUUACCUGAACAGGUUUCGUGUGCAGGAUAGUGCCUAGAAACGUAUCCGAGAUCCUCCAGGGUUCCUGUACAGGAAUUUUCAACUAGGAAAUCUUCAAAUUAUUCUUAAAGCCAUAAUGAAAGUAGCAAGUUUAUUAAAUUCUUGAGAUCUAUAUAAGAGUUGAGAAAAAAUAUUUGUUUGAUAAAUUAUUCUAGGACUUACAAUUCUAAUUCGUUUUCACUAUUUAAAAAACGUUAACUAAAUUUCAAAGAGAUUUGUAUGAGCGGAUUAAAAUUUUUUAAAUUUUAUUUAUUAAUUUAAGUGGAUUUUUUAAAAAUAA